GAGGUUAGCUGGCAGGCAGGAGGGUCAGGGACUGUGAUAGUCAUUGGCUUGGCUCCUUGGAUGUUCGACAGGGCCUUUUGGAUCUUCCCGUUGAACCGCCUUUGGUCGCUACCCUUGCCAGGAGCUGUGAACACAAACUUUCAGUCCUCCCAACACUGUGCAGUCAGCCUUAGAGCUCCUGCGUCACCUAGGCUAGAUGGGCUUGUACCUUGCCCCAGGGUCAGUCAGCUCCAGGUAGCAGACUUGGCCUUUACACUCAGACCUGUCCCGUUGCAGUCUGACCGCCUCUUGACAGUUUGGGAGAAGCUGUGAAGUGGAGCAGUGGAAUUCAGAUGAUCCCAUCCCCAGAAAGGAACUGGAGCAAAGUGUGGUGGGGGCCCAUGGCUUGCUCUGCCGCCUCACUGACCACGUGGACAAGAAACUUCUGGAUGCUGCAGGAGCUAACCUCAAAGUCAUCAGCACCUUGUCAGUGGGGGUUGACCACUUGGCCUUGGAUGAAAUCAAGAAGCGCGGGAUCCGGGUGGGCUACACGCCAGGUGUCCUGACAGAUGCCACCGCAGAACUCGCUGUCUCCCUGCUACUCACGACCUGCCGCCGGCUGCCAGAGGCCAUAGAGGAAGUAAAGAAUGGCGGCUGGAGCUCCUGGAAUCCCUUAUGGAUGUGCGGCUACGGACUCUCGCAAAGCACUGUUGGCAUUGUGGGGCUGGGGCGCAUAGGUCAGGCGAUUGCGCGACGACUGAAACCAUUUGGUGUCCAGAGAUUUCUCUACACGGGGCGCCAGCCCAGGCCUCAGGAAGCAGCAGAAUUCCAGGCGGAGUUUGUGCCUAUUGCUCAGCUGGCUGCAGAGUCGGACUUCAUUGUCGUGGCCUGCUCCUUAACACCUGCUACCAGGGGGCUCUGCAACAAGGAUUUAUUCCAGAAGAUGAAGAACACAGCUGUCUUCGUCAACAUCAGCAGAGGAGACGUGGUAAACCAGGAAGACCUGUACCAGGCGUUAACCAGUGGCCAGAUCGCAGCAGCAGGACUGGACGUCACCACUCCGGAACCACUGCCCCCGAGCCACCCGCUGCUGACCCUGAAGAACUGCGUGAUCCUGCCCCACAUCGGCAGCGCCACCUACAAAACCCGCAACACCAUGUCCUCGCUGGCAGCUAACAACUUGCUGGCUGGCCUACGAGGGGAGCCGAUGCCCAGUGAACUCAAGCUGUAGCCAGACGGGUUUUCGUGGGCUGGAGACACUUUGCUGGACUGUGGACUCAGGAAAGAGCCUGGCGGAACUCCUCUACUGCAUCUGCAGGGGAACAUGGGAACUAGCAAAUGGGCUUGCCACACCCAAGCCAAAAGCCUGUAAUUCUUGCAUUAAAUCAUUUCUGACUCAGCA